ACAGUACACUUCCCCGCAAUUAUAGCAUCCGGUGCUAGCAGUUGUCGCAGGAUCUUGGCUCCUUGAUUUUAAGUCUACAUUUUUUAAAAUAGUAAGCGCCUAUAAUAUUGUUGAUCAAAAGACAUUCAUUCCUAGUUCAUCCGUCUUCUGGUACCAUCUCUCUGAUUAAAUCGUGGAAAUAUGUAAACGAUACCGGUACAAUAACUUAUUCUCAAUUUACUUGUGUUUUAAAAUAACGACCACUAUGUAUCUUCACAAAACAAACUUCCUACCCCUUAAAUAUUAGAGGUUGUUAAAGGUCUAAACAGAUGUGUAGUUGCAUAACGUUAACUACACAAAGAUGAAAAGGGUAGUUAGUAAGCCUUCAAAACGCCGUGGAAUUCGUAAGAUACCAAAGGAUGCCAAAUUGAUACCAAACAUUCCAGAAUGUGACUAUUUCAGCACAUUUCCGGGUGUAUACUAUCAUUUUACCAAAAUGGAGUGGAGAACAACGUGCAAAGAUCCAGUGGUUAACUCUAAAAGAUGGCAAAGAACAUUUGGAAUAAAAAAGUAUGGAUUCUACGAAGCCAAAUUAAAAGCGGAAAUCGUAUCAAUGGAAUCGAACAGACAAUUCCAACUGUCUAAAUUUGCCAAUUCGGUUGGGAACUACCCCAAUAAUGGCGAUAACAAUGCCGAAACGCGCUAUUUCAAUCCUGUCUACAAUUGUGUUCCUCAGUUAAAUGCUGGCAUUAAUAUAACAUUCUGUCCGUACUGUCUUCGUGUUUUGAAUGGAAAUGAACAAACAUUCAACAACUUUGUAGUCAAUAUUCCUACCGGAACAAACGGAUAA